AUUUUAACAAGAUAUAUAAAUAACGUAUUUUGUUUCGACCUUUUUUUUUUGUUUACUAUUCUUCUUAAUAUAUUAUUAUGCUUGUUACUACCAUUUAUCAUUAUUGCUUUUUUAUAUUUGCUGCUAGUCAACUAGUGAGAGUAUAUGCAGAUGAGGGAGAUAGUAAUAAUAACAAUUCAACAGAACAACGACCAGCCAAUUUACCACAUGUUGGCUGGACUAUCCUUCGUAUCGAUCCUUCUUCUCGAGAAAACUUGUGUCAACGUCAAAUCGCUUAUUGUUUUAAUAAUUGUGGGGGGCCUAAUAAUACACCGAAAAAUUUCUGUAAUGCAACUUCAAUGGCUUGGAACUGUGGUUGCGAUAGAAAAGAAGCCGAUUUUGCCCCUUAUCUUUGGCCAGUUGUGCAAGCUGAAUGCACAGGUAAAUCUCAAGACUGUCAAUUGAUUUGUAAUCAAGAUAAAGUAAAUCCUUCUGCUUGUUCGACUGCUUGUACUUCUUAUUAUCAAUGCGGUACAGAAUUUGCUCCACCAAGUUAUCUUGAAACUGAAAAUUCAUCUGACGAGCCUUCUUAUGAUGGACCACCACUCAAGAAAACUACGGGUGCUACGAAUACGACUACUGCUAUUAACAAUAGUACAAUACCUAAUCUAAAUAAUAACUCUUCUAGUCCAUCUCGUAGUGACGCUACUACUAUUAUUUUUAUGAAAUGUCAUUAUGGCCAUUCUAUAUUCUAUCUAUUUAUCUCUAUACUAGUUCUAUUCACUGCAGGCGUUAUUACACUCUUUUAAAUUUAUUUUAUAUGCACUAUAUAAUAAACACGAGUACCUUUUAUUAUCUAUUAUUGCUGAAUUUAAAUUGAUUUUUUGUCCGGGCCGGUAUUAUUUUUAUUUUCACCAUUCAUUUUUUAAUUUUUUUUUUU